AUGAAUGAAAAGGGGAUCACAGGAUCAUGUAUGAUUAUAGGUUUGCUUAUGUGGAGAAUUCAGCGAGAAGAACAAGUGAAAACCGAUAAGUUUGAACUUCUAAAUAAGCUCAAGAAUGCAGAAACAGAGAUCAAAGAGUUAAAAAGAAGGCGAGUUGAAGAUGCAAAAGCCAAUGAGAAAGUUGUCAGCAUGUUUGCAGCACAUGAGCAGCGCUGGUUAAUGGAAAGAAAGAAACUUACACAGCAAAUUCGAGCUCUUUUGCAUGAAUUAAGAGUUAUCAAUACGAAAAGUAAAGAAAAUGUAUCCAGAUUAUGUGGUCAGCUUGAAGAAAAAGAAAAGUUGUUGGAGGAAGAAAAGGAUAAGAGGAGAGAGCAAGAGGAAAGCGUAAAAAAGGCUGAGAAAAUAAACGAGGAGUUGAGAGAAACAUUGAAACGUGAAGCUCAAGAGCAUUCGAAAGAGAUUUGGAAGCAUAAAAGUGCGUUUAUUGAGCUUGUAUCAACACAAAGACAGCUUGAAGCAGAGAUGGGUAGAGCUGUUAGACAGAUGGAAGCAGAAAAACAAGAAGUUAAUGGAGUUUUAGAGCAAAAGGAACAGUAUGUGUUGAUGACACAAAAGCUGUCAAUGGAACUUAUCAAAACCCGCAAAGAUUUGGAGCAAAAAGACAAGAUUUUGUCGGCUAUGCUGAGGAAAUUCAAACUGGAUACAGCUGAGAAGAAAAUGUUACUGAAAGAAGUCAAAAUGUCAAAGUCAAAGACAGUGCCUGAGUCAAGACACGAGAGAUAUUCACUGAGAAGUAUGCUUUCUAGACACCACAAAUCCAAACCGGAGCAAUUAGAGUUGAAGGAAGAGCAAUGCACUGCUUCUCCAUUUUCUCAACAAUCCAUCAUCACAGAGGGAAGCCAAGAAUUCGAUCUUGCAGCAAAUAUUGGAGAAUUGGAAGGAUGGGUUCAAUGUGAAACUGAGAAAUAUAUAAGUGUUGUUGAGCAAAGGCAUGAGGUCGAGGUAAAUGCUUUUGCAGAACAAUUGAGAUUGAAAGAUGAGAAAUUAGAAGCUUUUCGUUGGCAUUCAAUGAGCAUGGAUAUCGAGAUGAAACGACUUCAUUCCCAUAUUGAAGGGCUUGAUCAUGAUCUAACAAACCUUAAACAACAAAACCAUAAACUUGAAUCUUUAUUGUUCAACCGUGAAUCAGAAUUGCAUGCCUUGAAAUCAGAAUUACAACUCAACACUCCAAAAUCCCAGAAAGAAAAAGAUGAAGAACAAGAAGUUCCUUCAAAAGCAAUGGUGCUGGCAGUUCAAUCUCCAGAUAAGGAUUUUGAAGAUAAGAAAGAUGUAGUUUCUGUUGGAGAAGAAUGUUCAAGGAAAAAAGAUAUUGUCAGUGGUGAAAACAUAUCAUCAUCAUCAUCAUGGAAGAUGGAUCUUCAUGCUCUCGGGGUGUUCUACAAGAUCAAGAGGCUAAAACAACAGCUACUCAUGUUUGAGAGAUUGACUGGAAAGCAAGAAAGUUGUGAAAAUAGGGAAUAUGAUGAUAAAAGGAAGCUGUAUAGCCUGGUGUCUUUAGUCAAUAAACAAGUUAGCAGAUAUCAGUCUCUCCAAGAGAAGGCUAACGAUAUCUGCAAGCGAAUGUAUGAGAAUGAUGGGGAUGCAGGCAGUGGAGUGAAGACGAAGAAAUUGGAGCAUUUUCUUGAAGAGACAUUUCAGCUGCAGAGAUACAUAGUGGCAACAGGACAGAAAUUGAUUGAGAUACAGUCCAAGAUUGCUUCUGGUUUUGUUGGAGGUGUGAAUGAUGGAUUUGACAUGAAGAAAUUUGGUGAUUGUGUACGAAGCCUUUUCAGAGAAGUCCAAAGAGGUCUUGAAGUUAGAAUAUCAAGAAUCAUAGGAGACCUUGAAGCUCCUCUUGCUUGGGAUGGAAUGAUACAUCAUCCUACAACUUAACUUAACUCAACUUAUAUACCUCUUUCUUUCAUUCAUUAUAAUCUGUUGUAUAGGAACAUAGCCAAAUGUGUAUAGGAAAAUAAACAAACUUUUGUCCCUUUUAUUACAUAAAGAUUCUAAUUUUUGACAUUAUAUGUUACUUGUAUGGCUG